AUGACCAAGUUAAUAACUGAGACACCUGACCAGCCAAUCCCAUUUCUCAUUGACCAUCUCCAAUCUAAACAAGGAAACCAGGGACAACUUCAAAGAACAUUGUCUGGAUCUGCAGCUCUGUGGGCAGAAAGUGAAACAAUAGAACUUAAAGGAACAAGAAGGGAUUUUAGAAGCUAUGAUAAACCUUGGCAAUUAAAUGCAAAGAAGCCUAAAAAAUCAAAAAGUGACCUGGCUGUAUCUAAUGUUUCUUCAUCAUCACUGGACUCCAAAUCAUUGCCAAGGUCAGUAGAGCGUCCUAAGUGGAACUGGCGGACUAAACCACAAAGCCGUGAUUUUGAUGAAUUGAACCACAUCCUGCAAGAGAGCAAGAAGCUGGGGAAAGCCCUUGAGAAUCUCUCUAGAAGUAUUGCCAUUUCAGACGAACUCGAUAAGGAAACAGUGGCUUUUAAUUCUUCUCUUCUGAGGCCCCGUGUGAUUGGAGAGUGGAUUGGUAGAGAAGAAAAUGAUGCGGAUCCACUAGCUGCUGAAAUGCUACAACCCCCAGUUCCAAGAAGUAAAAAUGACCAAUGGGAAAGUGAAGACAGUGGCUCUAGCCCUGCAGGAAGGAGAUCACCAUCUCUUUGCUACUAAAACCAAAUAGAGAAAUAACUUCAAGGACUAAGCUGUCAGUCAAGACCUACAAUAAUAUUGGGCAGAGAAUGGCUGUCUGUUAAGAAUUGGAGGGGGAGAUUUCUGAUGCCCCCGAAAGAUAUAGUUAGUCAUCAGGGAGAAGAAAACUACUAAGUGUGUAAUAAGUUAAUAAAGAAAACCUUGGUUUAGAACCAUUUAAGUUAAGAGUUGAUAACUAUGAUUGAAUAGAGUUAUUUACAUUUUCUUUGUUUAAUUUUUGAAACUAUUAUAAUUUGUAAGUCUGUAUUUCUUUCAUUGUACUCAGACCCCUGAUGCUCAAAAUCAUAACAAGAUGUUUGCUUUAAGUCUCCUUAUGCUGGUAGAAGUGAAGUAAUGUUGAAAUGUAUAGAUCAUAAUUAUUAGAAAAACUAUA